AGAAUUCCAACUUUAUUCAGAAUUUUUCCUUCCCCCCAGAAAACUCGUCCCUCCUCCCCCCCCUCCUGGAGAUGCUGCUGAAGCUCCUGAGGAAAAUGAUCCCUCUGGAAUUCCCCUUCCACCUCACCCUGCUGAGCGUCUGCUUUGCCAACUUCCAGCAAAUUCCCACCGGGAAAAAUUCCAUCCAUUCCUACCUGAAACCUUCCAGGGAAGGAAAAGAGGGAAUUCCCUCCGGAAACGACGACAGAGCCCCGAAAAUCCCGAGAAUUCCCGAAGAAAACGACGGGAAAGGAGCGGAAAUUCCGGUUUUACCGGGCCCAUCCCAAGGAAAAUCGGGAAUUGUGGCCCCUCCAGGGGUGGAUCCCGAAGUUUUCCGGGAGCUGCCGCUGGAAUUGCAGGAAGAGGUGGCGGCAGAGUGGAAAAAUCCGGAAAAAAAACCUCCAAAUUCCCAAAAAAAACUCCAAAGGAAGAGGAAAAAUCCGGGAAUUUGCUCCCAAUCCAACAAUUUACUGAAAUAUUGGAAGGCCAGCAGGUUUUUUUUUCCCUCAUUUCCUGCCUUUGAUUUGCAUAAAAAGGAGGAACUUCCUCGAUUUUCCAGGGGAUAAAAAGGGCAGGAAGAGGCACCCGGAGGCAUCAGCAGGGUUGGAAUCGGCGCCUG